AUAUAAUUAGGAGCCUUCCGUUUCUUCGCCGCAGCAACAUCAACCUGUGGUUUCUUCGAAGAGAAGUGGAGGAGGAAUGCUUACCAUUGUUGAUUAUGGCCACGAUGAAGCUGCCAUGUCACCGGAGCCCGAGGAAGGAGAAUUAGGAAGCAAUGAUGACCUUAUGAUUGGCAUAGAGCAACAAAAUGCCAGUGGUGGUGUUUUUAACGCAUCCGACAGCUGUUCAAUUGAGUCCACCAUCAUCUGCUUUAGAACCGAUACAGCCUGAGGCCUUGACCAAUGCUGUUAGUGAAUCAGACGGUUUAGAAGUCGAGGAAGCAGUUUCCAUAGACAAUGUCGAUCCCUUGGAUAUGUUUCUUCCUCCUCCACCAAAAGCCAAGUGUUCAGAGGAGCUACAAAGGAAAAUAGAUAAGUUUCUCAACUUGAAGCGAGUUGGGCAAAGCUUCAAUGCAGAAGUUCGUAAUAGGAUGGAUUACAGGAAUCCUGACCUUUCGCUGCAUGCUGUAAGGUAUCAAUGA